CUUUUCCGUUCCACCGGCUCCCGAGGCGUAGGCGGCCAAAUCCUGCCGUACCGCGACGGGGCAGUCGAGCAGCCGGAAGUGGCCACUCUUUCUCGGAAUCCCACUGCCUUGUGGGACCGUGGCCGGUUCCUCCGGCCUGAGCUAGUUUUCCGGGUUCCUUCAGCCCGCCCCCUUCCCUUCACUCCCCCGCCUUCCUCGUCAAGUACGGAAGCUGAGAAGGUCCGCUGGCAGCCAUGGCGGCGCACCUUAAGAAGCGGGUGUACGAGGAAUUCACUAAGGUGGUUCAGCAACAACAGGAGGAAAUUACUGCUAAGAAACUCCGACUGACAAAACCAAGUAAAUCUGCAGCUCUCCAUAUAGAUCUGUGUAAAGCUACGUCCCCAGCAGACGCUUUGCAGUACCUACUUCAGUUUGCCAGGAAGCCUGUUGAGGCAGAAAGUGUGGAGGGAGUAGUCAGGAUUCUCUUGGAACAUUAUUACAAGGAGAAUGAUCCAUCUGUGAGACUGAAAAUUGCAUCAUUAUUGGGUUUAUUGUCAAAGACUGCAGGAUUUUCACCAGAUUGUAUUAUGGACGAUGCUAUUAACAUCCUGCAGAAUGAAAAAUCUCAUCAAGUCCUAGCUCAGCUGUUGGACACUUUGCUUGCAAUUGGCACAAAACUCCCAGACAAUCAAGCUAUCCAGAUGCGAUUAGUUGAUGUAGCCUGCAAGCACCUGGCAGAUACCUCCCAUGGUGUGAGAAAUAAGUGCCUGCAAUUACUUGGCAAUCUUGGCUCUUUGGAGAAAACUGCCACAAAGGAUUCAGACAGCACAGCUGUCCGAGAUGUCCAAAAGAUUAUAGGGGAUUACUUCAGUGACCAGGACCCACGUGUCAGAACAGCAGCUAUAAAAGCCAUGUUGCAGCUCCAUGAAAGAGGACUGAAGUUACACCAAACAAUUUAUAAUCAGGCCUGUAAAUUGCUGUCUGAUGACUAUGAACAAGUGCGCAGUGCCGCAGUCCAGCUUAUCUGGGUUGUCAGUCAGCUCUAUCCUGAAAGCAUUGUCCCAAUUCCUUCUUCUAAUGAAGAAAUUCGCUUAGUUGAUGAUGCAUUUGGAAAAAUUUGUCACAUGGUCAGUGAUGGCUCCUGGGUGGUUCGAGUUCAAGCUGCAAAGCUAUUGGGCUCUAUGGAGCAAGUCAGUUCUCAUUUCUUGGAGCAGACACUCGACAAGAAGCUAAUGUCAGAUCUGAGGAGGAAGCGCACUGCACAUGAGCGGGCCAAGGAACUUUAUAGUUCAGGGGAAUUUUCCAGCGGCAGGAAGUGGGGAGAUGAUGCUCCCAAGGAAGAAGUGGAUACGGGGGCUGUGAACCUGAUUGAGUCAGGAGCUUGUGGAGCCUUUGUUCAUGGAUUGGAAGAUGAGAUGUACGAGGUCCGCAUUGCUGCUGUGGAGGCUCUCUGCAUGCUGGCCCAGUCUUCACCCGCUUUUGCGGAAAAGUGCCUUGAUUUCCUGGUUGACAUGUUUAAUGAUGAAAUUGAGGAAGUACGUCUGCAGUCCAUACAUACCAUGAGAAAAAUCUCUAACAAUAUCACCCUCCGAGAGGAUCAGCUAGACACUGUCCUGGCUGUGUUAGAGGAUUCGUCCAGAGAUAUUAGAGAGGCUCUCCAUGAACUCUUAUGCUGUACUAAUGUUUCAACCAAAGAAGGGAUUCAUCUUGCACUGGUGGAGCUGCUGAAAAAUUUAGCCAAGUACCCUACUGAUAGGGACUCCAUAUGGAAAUGCCUGAAGUUUCUGGGAAGUCGGCAUCCAACCCUGGUGCUUCCCUUGGUGCCAGAGCUCCUGAGCACCCACCCGUUUUUUGACACAGCCGAACCAGACAUGGAUGAUCCAGCUUACAUUGCAGUUUUGGUUCUUAUCUUCAAUGCUGCUAAAACCUGUCCAACAAUGCCAGCAUUGUUCUCAGAUCAUACCUUCAGGCACUAUGCCUACCUCAGGGACAGCCUUUCUCAUCUUGUUCCUGCCUUGAGGCUACCAGGUAGAAAACUAGUGUCAUCCUCCGUUUCCCCCAACAUCACGCUUCCUGAGGAUCCUUCCCAUCAGUUCCUGCAGCAGAGCCUGGAAAGGGUGUAUAGUCUUCAGCACCUGGACCCUCAGGGAACCCAGGAGCUGCUCGAGUUCACCAUCAGGGAUCUGCAAAGACUUGGAGAACUUCAGUCUGAACUGGCAGGAGUAGCUGACUUCUCUGCUACCUAUCUUCGGUGUCAGCUUCUUCUCAUCAAGGCCUUACAGGAAAAGCUGUGGCAUGUGGCUGCCCCUCUGUAUUUGAAACAGAGUGAUUUGGCCUCAGCAGCAGCAAAACAGAUCCUGGAAGAGACCUACAAAAUGGAAUUCAUGUACAGUGGUGUGGAGAAUAAGCAGGUGGUCAUUAUACAUCACAUGAGGCUGCAGGCCAAAGCCUUGCAACUUAUAGUAACAGCACGAACUGCUCGAGGAGUUGACCCUUUAUUUGGGAUGUGUGAAAGAUUUUUACAGGAAGUGGACUUUUUUCAAAGAUGUUUCAUCACUGAUUUGCCCCACCUGCAGGACAGCUUCGUGGACAAACUUCUUGACCUUAUGCCCCGACUCAUGACUUCCAAACCUGCAGAAGUGGUCAAAAUUCUGCAGACCAUGCUGCGGCAGAGUACCUUCCUGCACCUCCCCCUUCCAGAGCAGAUCCACAAAGCUUCAGCCACCAUCAUUGAGCCGGCGGGCGAGUCAGACAACCCUUUGCGGUUCACAUCUGGGCUGGUGGUGGCCCUGGAUGUCGAUGCAACCCUGGACCAUGUGCAGGAUCCUCAGAGCACUGUGAAGGUCCAGGUCUUAUAUCCAGAUGGCCAGGCUCAGAUGAUCCACCCCAAGCCCGCUGACUUCAGGAAUCCUGGCCCAGGGCGGCACCGGCUCAUCACUCAGGUGUAUCUCUCCCACACUGCCUGGACAGAACCGUGCCAGGUGGAAGUGAGGCUGCUGCUGGCCUACAACUCCAACUCACGCAUUCCAAAAUCCCCCUGGAUUGAGGGUGGCGAGAUAUCGUCCCAAGUGGAAACGGGCAUCGAGGGCACCAUCCCCUUCAGCAAGUCUGUAAAAGUUUACAUAAUGCCCAAACCCGCACGGCGCUGAGUCACAAGUGGUCUUUAUAGCCAUGGCCUAGAAGGCCCUUCUUAGGUAUAACAGUUGAGCCGGAAGCCUGGAGGACUUCACCUGGAAAUGGUGUAUAGACAUAAGGAGGAACAUGCGACCCUUACGGUCUCAUCUGGUAUCACACACAGGAUAAAUUAUUUUGCAUUAAGAAAACAAAAUCUUCCAAGUCUAUCCCCUCCCCGCACCCCUCCUCAUAAUAAAAUUGAGAAAACACCUUAAAGAAAUUUGUGUGGCUAUAAGGUCAACGUUUAUACUAUAUGCUUACAUUCCUUGGGUGUGAAACCAAGAUCCAAUUUUUGGGCCACCUCCAAAGAGCCGUUUAUUGGAGUCAUGCAAAUCUUGUCUCUGAAAGCACUAGUCUAUUUGCCAGGGCCAACUCCAAAACAGCUUUCACAGCUGUACUUUUUCACCAUAGACAGUUCCUGAAUGGCCUUAGACGUCCGUUAUCUUGCUGAGAAGCUCCUUCCCCAACUCAGGCAAUAGCUGGGCCAAAGACUGAAUGAAUAGCUGGAGAAUGAAUCAUUUUCACCCCUGAGGGAGAUUCUUGAUCUUGCCUGCUAGGAUCCUUAGACCCAAGAUAAUAGAGAAGGGUCGUAUUAGAAGAGAAGCCAGGACUAUGGGAAAGAGGGAUCCAGCGUGAGCAAUAAAACCACUUCCCGCUACACCUCUCAUGACUCCAGAGUUGGAGCUGCAUGUGAGUUAAAAGUGCAGCUGGGGCGUGAGAGUGGAAAAUGCCCCAGAGACGUUCCCCGUGAGGGCCUGUGUUCUGUUCUUGACUGUCAUAGAAUCCUCACCGCAGCCAGCUGAGACUUAGAGCUUACAUCACUGGUAGGAAAACUACAGCAAGUACCGUGUUUCCCCGAAAAUAAGACCAGGUCUUAUAUUAAUUCUUGCUCCAAAAGACGCAUUAGGGCAUAUGUUCAGCGGAUGUCAUCCUGAAAAAUCAUGCGAGGGCUUCUUUUCCGGUUAGGUCUUAUUUUUAGGGAAACACGGUAGUAAAGCCUGUAUUCAUUGAAAUCCAAGUUGAGGCCAAAGGCCUGAGCUGUCCCACCUCGGGGGAAGUAUAUGCAAAAGAGCCUUCAUUUCUUAGCUUGCUAUGCCUGUUUCCUCAUCUGUAAAACAGAAAUAAUUAUAACUUAAGAGUUGUUGGAUGGGUUUCAUUAAAUAAUGCUUGGUAGAAUCUUAAUAUGCAGCCAGUCUUGAUCAUAUUUGGUACUUGGAAAUCUCAUAAAAAUAACAGCGAGAUCAUCCUCAGAGGUGGAGCUGGAAUUUGAAUUCGAGCAUGUUUAACUUCCGGUUUAAUGCACUUGUGUGUGUCUGGCAGUGUGGAAGCCGUUCAAUGGGUUAAGCAUUGAAUCCUCCCAACCGUCCUAUUAGGUAGGUACUGUUAUCUUCAUUUGAUAAAUAAGGCAAUUGCCGUUCAGAGCAUUGAGUGACUUGGCCUCGGUCACACAACUAGUAAAUGACAGAGCUGGGAUUUGAACCCAGGCAGUCAUAGCUACUGUAGAGGGACUUCUCUAGGGAGCUUCCUUUUCUAACGCGCUUGCCUAUUUUGUACAUCUUACAGAUAUGCCCUCAGUGGGCUCUCGUGUGCCUAUAGUAGAUGCCCUGAGAAAAGUGCCCGCCUUGGGGAUAAGAUGAAGCUUGAAGCAUCUAAUGACAAUUGCUGGGUUGGAGCAAAGAUGACAUUAAGACCGCGUGGCUGCUGACUGAGCCCUUAAGCCAUCGCGAUAGCAAGCCUUCUAAGGAAAGAAUAUGUUGGAUCCUUUUCAGAUAUAGUACUUCUUUUAUUAAAAAAAACGCUUCCAGAUUAUCCCCCAUUUUACAGGUGGGGAAACUGAGGCUUUCUAAGGGGCAAAGCCCAGACUUGAUUUUAGGUCUUAAAACACAAAAUGUAGUACUUUGUCCACCAAAGGUGGAGCCAUGCUAAGGGGCAGAUUUUGGCCGAGUGUCAGGAUAAGGAUUUUGAAGCUGUGUAAGAAUUGAAUGGGCUGCACUAGGAGAUAAGGAAUUCUCAUGCUGGAUGUGUUCAAGCAGAGGUUGAACAAGCUCCUGACAAGUUUGUUGCAAAGGAAUUCAAGUAUCAUAUGACGGGUUGGGCUCAACCUUUUAAAUUCCUUUUACCCUGAAUUCUCAGGUUCAGUGAAAUACGAGAAUCUUGAUUUUUCUGCAUGUGGUUCCACACUUUUUCACUGAAGUGAAAAAAUGACCUUCUAUUACAAAGACCUUAAAGGGAGCAUAAAGAUCACUCUGGUGUGGCAGCUUCAUUUUACAAGUGAAGAUACAAGCCCCGAGAGACGGAGUUAGUGCUGAAGCCUAGGCUGAAUGCCAGGCAUCUUGAUUUUUAGUCCAAUAUGCUUUUCAUAACAGGGACCUAUUGUUCUGUCUCUGUGCGCAGUCUGCCAUGCGCCCAGCAGUCAAAGCCAGAAACCGGUGUGUCACUUUGGAUUUCUUCCUCACCCUUCAUAUAAAACCAGCCAUGAGGUCCUUUAGAUUCCACUCCCUGAAAUGUUUCUUGACUCAGUCCUCUUCUUAUACUCACUGUUAAAAUGAUGCGUCUCUCCUUAAGUGUGGCACUGGUGUCCUAAUGAUCUCGUCUCAGAUCUUGUCCCCUUCAGUCUGUUCUUCACACGGCUGUCAGAGUAAACUUUCUAAAACCCAGAUCUGAUCACCUCCCUCUGCUUAACCCCCUUUAAGGAAGUCACUUCUAGUCCCAGGAUAAAGUCUAAACCCCUAUCCUGGAAGGCUCUUCAUGCUCCUGCUGCUGUCUCCAGCCUCAUACUCCCUGUCCCAGACAUUCCCUGUACUUCUCCAGCUCUAGAGAAUAACUUGCGGCUGUUUCCAGCGCUCACCAUGUUCUCCUGCCUCAGACCUCUGAACCUGCUGAGCCCUGGAAUGUGCUCUUUAGAUUGUCUCCUGUGUUUCUUUUCUUCUCCUUCUUUAGGACUGAGCCUCAUUCUAGAACCUAUCUUUGUCUCCUGUGGGUUUGGUGCAUUAUUCCCAUCUAUCCAUUCUUCAACCAUAGUAUUUACUGCAGGUUCACAAACAAACCCCUAAAGAAGGCAGGUGGGAACAAAGGAGUCAAGAGGCUUAGAUGAAGGUCAUAGAGACUGAAGAAUCCGAGAGCUGCAUUCUGUCAGAAGGCAGAUACUAAUCAGCUCCACUCAGUUGUUUAUUAAGUGUGGGCCUGGUGGUGUCAGAGCUGCCAGUUCUUCCAGAAAAGCCAGAAAUCUGCAUUUUCAUAUAAAACAUACCCCCCAAAAAAAUCUUUGGUUACUAAGGCAAAUGUUAAAAUUACUCUGAGACAAAUUAAAUGUUUCCAGGUAGAUUUGUGCCAGUUCGCAACUUCUGCAUCAUGGCUGUGUGCUUACAUUUCUAUUUCUUCCAACUAAUCUGAGUACCUGGACACUGAGAAUGUCUGUGGUGUAUCUCCAGCACAGCUCUUGGCACAUAGCAGGCUAGGAAAGAAUGAAUGAGUCUAAGAAUCCAGAGCAAACUUAGUACCAUGCAUGCCUGCAGGAGCCGGCCCUGAAAUUCAAGUUUCUGGAAGGAUUUUACAUUUGGCUUUGACACGAUUGACUUCAGCAAACAGAAUUAUGGGGAAGAAAGAUACACACCUAGCAAUUGGCCGACUUCUCAUCUUAGGAACUAUGUAAGCAAGAGGAAAUUAAGCGUGGGCAGUGAGGGCUAUACAACUUACAGAUCAUUAUGACACGGACUAAGUAUAGCGUCAUGUGGAAAAAUAGCUUCUCCAGGUUCUGCUGUUUCGAGCACUGACGAUGUAGAACAGAUUCAGAAGUAGGGGCUAUUUAUUAGCAAGUUCUAUACAGGGUUAAUAACCUCACUUCCAGGUACUUCUGUCUCUAAGAAGUUUGUACUAAGUUCAAUGUGGAGACAACUACAUAGGAGCCCUGAUUACAACCACACCUAAUUCAACACCCACUGUCUUACCUUAUAUUUGAUUAAAAAAAAAUUUUAUUGCAUCCAUAGAAAAACAGUCUGAAUUUUAUUACACAUCCCUCCUAGCUUUAUGAGCUGAGGCAACUAAGACCUGGAAAGAUCCUGUCAUCUGACAAGUGGCUGGUUACAGAAAGGUCACGAGCAGGACCUCCCCAGACUGCUAGGCUGGGGGUUAGGUGUGUGAGGAUCUCACGCCCAUGGGCCUCCUUACGGCACAUGGUAGAAGAAGAUCGAGACACAUCAUUGGUUUCUAACUGGGUCUGCCACUAACUUGCUGGGUGAACUUGGAAAAAUUCCUUUACUUUCCAUUCUGAUGGGUCUUAGCUCAUCUUUUCUUGCCAAGCCUCAUCUUAGGUUGCUGCUCCCUUUAGGUCAGUGCCCAACUGGGCCAGUCAAGUGAUAGGAUCAUGUGGAGAGAAAAUCAGCUUUCUGGGGCUGCUACUUCAAUAAGGGUUGGUGUAAAUCCUUCCAGAAACGUGCAUUUCAUGCUGGCAUGCAUGGUACUAUGGUUGUUUAUGGCUGUGAUAAAUACCAUACCUAGUAAAUGUCUAGUUAAAGAGUUGCCAAAUAUUUGUUUGGAGAAUAAAUGAACAUCUCAUUCUUUAAGAUUUGGCUUGUGUUAUAUCCUUAGUGAUUCCUUCCCUAAUUUCCCGUCCAUCCUGGUAGGAUAGGUUAGUCUAUCAUUUGUGCUACCUCUGGACCUUGUACCUAUUAUAUGUUAACACACUGUAUCAUCUAUUUGUCUCUUCCACAUAACUCCUGAGGGUAGGAACUCUAACUUACUAAUUCCUGUACGCCCCGUGCCCAACAGUAUCUGGUCAUAAGAAAAUUAGUAAGAGAUCCUCUCAACGGGCAUGAAAGAGAAUUACUGAAUAAAUGAGAGGGAUGUAGUUCCUCUGGGCUCCAACAUUCUAUGAGUCUAUGAAAUAAUAAGCUGCUAUAUUAAGAACCAUAAAAUGAAAUUCACCGGCUUUACACAACAACCCUAUUAAUAGAUAAUGACAACAGUGGCUUCAAUUUAUCGAGUCCUUACUACGUGUCAGGCAAUGUGCUAAGACUUUCUAUGAAUUACCCAUUUAAUACCUACAGUAACUCCAGGUACUAAUAAUAUCCCUGUCUGACAGAUGAGAACAGGGAAACUCAGGAUUAAAUCAGUGCCCAGUGAGUGGCAGAAAGCCACAGUUCAAAGUCAAGGCUAUUUGACACCAAAGCCCAUACUCAUAACUCUUCAAAGGGGAAACAAAUGAAAAAUAAGGUGAUGCUGAUAACUUACUAUAGUUCUAUCAGUCCAUUCUAAGGCUUCACAAAGGCCACUGGCAUUUAAUAGAACACAGACUAUCCAUGUCAGCAGGGCCCAUUAAAGGGCAUCUCGUCCAACCCCAUCGUUUUAUAUUGAGGGAAUCAGAGGCCCAGGGAGAACUGUCUGGAGAGGCUCAGGUUUAGUCAGUCUGCCUAGAAUCCAAGCUCCUUUCUUUGUUACUGAAGUGCUCCUGAAAUUAAUUCAAGGUUCUGUUCAUACGUCAUCUGCACAAAGAGACUUUCCCUGACCACAUAUCUGAACUAGCCUCAUCACUCUGUCUUCUUACCCUGCUUUAUUUUUCUUCAUAACAGAGUCUACUUAUGUAUUUAUUCGUUUACUUGUUUAUUUUCCCCUCUAGAAUAUAAGCCUCAUGAGAACAUGAUGUUUCUCUGGAGCCUAUAGCAGUGCCUGGCAUAGAAGGGACUUGAUAUACUGGUUGAAUUGAUGGAUAAAUGUUCCAAAGCAUCAAUUGCAAUGUGAUCUUAAUGCACUGAAAUUUUUCUUUGUCCUUCAAAGCAGAAGGCUCUUUGCCUUUAUUUUCUCAUACUUCUGGCCUAACAUUUACCACAUUAUUAAACUUUGGUAAACAUGCGUCUCCUCUCCUGGUUUUCAGCCUCCCCACCCCCA